UCUAUCUGUCCUUCAGCUAGUUUUCAGGCUAUAAAUUGCCCGCUAACUACGCCAUGCUACCAAAGUACAGUACGAACCUUCGACUGCUGUGGUCACACAUAGCAUUCAUUGAGCAGACCAGUAAGCGAGGUGGCUCUCAAGGUAUCAAGAUGAUUCUGGCCUUGGUUCUUGCUUCUUUCUUGGCGGUGGUCAGCGGUGACUCCGCCUGUACCAAUAUCGGCGGCAGUUGUUUGGACUGGCGUUACUACAAAUGUACGGCUGGCUACGAGACUGGCCUGUGUAGCGGUGACUCUAACAGGAGGUGCUGCAAGAGCUGUAGCUCCAGCUGCCUUUCUGACGAGAACUACUGGUCUUCAAACUCCGACGGGUCAUGUACCGGAGCAGGGGGAGAGUGCAAGGAUGACAGCAACUACUGCAACGGUCACUACGCCUCUUCCAUGUGCGGCGGACCGUCAGACAGGCGGUGUUGUCUGCCCCACGGAACUGGUGGCGGCGGCUCCUGCACCGUCCGUGCCUAUCACAACAACAACUUUGUGGGAGACCCCAUCCACGUAGAGGACGGCUUCAGGGGCGCCAUGGACAGCAUCAACAGUGCUGCUGGAAGGUGUGGCGUCAAGGUCUACAUCACUCACUCGUGGCGUAAGCUGGGGGCUGUCAUUGGUGGAGCCAUCGUCCAACCAGCGUCCAACAGCAACCACCUGGUGGGUCACGCCAUCGACAUGAACAUCCAACGGUCGGACGGAAGUCUGUGCAACGGAGACUGUCUGCAAGGACAAUGGGACAACGCCGCCAACUGCUUCCUGGAUGAAGUCAUUGCUGCAGGUCUGACCUGGGGCGGCGUGUUUAACGACCCUGUACACAUCGACGAUCGGUACAACACCAACCUGAACAGGUACUACGCCCUGAGGGACGUCGUCCAGGCGGCCUGCAGCCACGUGCCUAUGACGUAAAUAUCAGACAACACAUUUAGCUCUGCCACGUGACUAACACGUGACGUGAUGUUAAGGUCAUACCCGGCCACUUUAGCUGGCAAGAAAUGUUCCGUUGUCGUUGAAUAAAGAACAAAUAUGGUGAGA